GAUCUGUCGAGAGCAGAGCUUUAUCAUGUUUAUGCAAUCACACGUAUGAAAGAGAGCAUGCAACUAGGCUGGACUGGUUCAUUGGUUGGAGCUUGAUUUAACGGUGGUAUCGGAAGUGUUCCCCGCAGACCUGCAGCCAGGAUGAAUUCCACAUGGAUCGUUUUGACCCUCCUGCUCGGAUUUGCGGUCUACAAGCUGUACACCCCUGUCCCUGAGGCUAUUGAUGAGAAAUUCAAAUUCCGAGCCUUUGUGGCUUUUCAGAGGGUUGCUCUAAUUAUGGGGUCUGUAAUGGGGUUCUUUAAUGGCAAGACUGAUGUGGAAAAUAUGCAAAAGCUGAUCACUUCGCUCCCACAACCGCCGUCGACCGUGGAGGGCUCCAACAUCAGGUCGAGAGUUGUGACCUUUGACGGGGUCAGGGUUCGGCUGUACGAGCCAGUAGACAGAAAGGGUGGGGCACCAGUCGCAGGGUUGGUGUUUUAUCACGGUGGUGGUUACUUGCUUGGCAGUCCGGAAAUGUACAACAGUCUCACUAGAACGAUAGCUGAGGAAUUGGGUAUUGUGGUAGCAUCAGUCGACUAUCGUUUGGCCAGUGAGGAGGCAUUUCCUGCGGCACAUGAAGAUGGCGUGAGGGCCCUGAGAUACUUCCUCAGGAAUGCCGCAGAGUUUGGGGUGGAUCCCAGCCGUGUUGGUGUGGCUGGUGACAGCGCAGGGGGCCACCUAUCAGCGGCAGUGGCCCAGGAGGCAACAGACGACGCCUCCCUCCCCCGCCUCAAGCUGCAGGCCCUCCUCUACCCCUUCCUGCAGUUGCUAGACACGCAUACCCCUUCCUACCAGCAGCACCGCGCCGACUUCGGCCCAAAUGGCGGCGUCGUCACCCGAGAUCUCGCAGGCACCUUCCGCUCGUUCCUCCUCCUCGGGAGACAGGAUGAUGCCCUUGUUGAAGCCAUGCUGCGCAACAACCAUACCUCGUGGGCCUUCAAGCGGUCUAACCCCGAACUCUUUGACCACAGGCUAGUGCCGGAGGCGCUUCGGCAGCAUGAGUCAUACAAAGGCCCCCUUGUCGACGUCGGAAGCGAGGAGAUGUGGAGCAAGUAUAAGCACCUGUUUCUUGACAACCGUUUGACCCCACUUUGGCGAAAGGAUCUCUCAGGCUUGCCACCAGCCUACAUCAUCAGUUGUCAGUACGAUGGACUACGAGACGAUGCAGUCAUAUACGCCGCACGUUUAGAGCAAGCUGGUGUCAAAGUCAAAUUCACCAACUAUUACAAUGGUUGGCAUGGAAUGCUUAAUGGACAGGCCUUCCAUGUUGGCCAACGGGCAUUAAGAUACCUGAUAGCCCAUCUACAAGAAAAUUUGUAGAUCUUGUAGACAAAGGCCUUGCCCAUGUUGUAGUGGUCCAGUGACCAGUCAAACCUGAAAGGUGUGGGAUUAGAGCUACAAGAACCAUGUCUGAGGAAAGGCCAAUCAUGAAAUGUUGAAUACCAGAGAUACAUGUAUAUACAUGUAAUCAGUGAAUGAAGAUAGGUUGCAAUUUCGUGUUCUAGUUGACACCUCUUAAGACUGUCCCAUGACCCCAUGAAUCCAUACCUUGGCCAGUGUAAGACCCACAUGUACAGUCACAAAGCUGGUCAAAAAAAAUAAAACACAAGCAUUCCUUUGUCACUGUUCACCCUGUUACUUGUUGGUCUGGUCUUGUAAUGGUCUCAGUCCACUACAACACUGGUUGCAAGGCAAUGCAGUGUAUCUAAAUGAAGGAAAAAUAUGUGCAGAGGACGUUAUGAUGUGCGGAGUAUUUUGACCGAAUUACAUGGCUUUUCAGUUGACCCCCAGGUGCACCCUCUGUUCUUGCAAACCGGAAGUCCCCCCACCUAGUGGGAAGGAUCAAGAAGGCGUGCAGAUUUGAGAACUCUUCAGAUAAUCCAUGUACAUGUACAUCAGGGAGCACUCAGAGUUGAGGAUCACUGUAAUCCUAAUCUCUUACCUAUAUGAAACACUGUCAUCCAAGAACAUCCUAAAACCAAACAUCCUAUAUCAGAUGGCAGUAGAACUGAGUCUAUAUCUGAGUCCAUAUCUGGACAAAUGGAAACAAGCUUUGCUAUUAAGGUUUUGCCACCUGUGGUGGUCUCUUUGUCUCAUUCAUUGUUACUACAUGUACCUGUAUUUUGCCAUGAGGAGGAAAUAAAUGUAAUGCAAUGUUAGUCCAUGAAGCAAUAGGAUCCAAGAACAUCAUCCCAUCCGGAAACGAGACACUGAUCUGGAAUUGCCACUGUGUCCUCCAGUAUCAUUCCUUACUCUCACCAUGGUACAUGUAGGUAGGGGAAAGGUCUGCCACUUACUACUAACACCACUAGAGGGCGCACCUGGUGGCUGAAACAGCUAGUCUUUACACCAUAACAUCAUCCGCACAGGUUUUUGGCUCUAAAGGGUAUCAUUUCUUCAUUUUAACAUGAAAUUACGGAGCACAAUAGUUCUUGUAGUAUCAUCAUAGUGUGUACUGUAUGUAACUGGCUCCCAUCUGAUUUUUGUGUUCACUUGGCAUUGCCAAGCACUACAUUUCUUAUCCACUGCAGCUCCUGAACAUUUGUUCCUGGCUAAAAUCUACACGUAUAUAAACGACACAGGUGACAAUCUCUUACCAGAAUUUCUUCCAUCAGAACAGUUAGGUGCAUAUUUCAAAGUGAAAAGCCAACCUUUAAUUCGUUCAUUUUUAACAGAAUGUGUUCAUAUAUGAAGAUGUAUGUACAUGUAAUCACACGUAAGAAUGAUGAGCCAAUUUAAUAUGAAUCGGUGCCAAAGUGAUUUGUUUGACAAAUAUUCAAAGUACAUAUGGGAUAUUUAUGUAAAUGUGGUACAUAUGAUAAAUUAUGCACAUGAUAAUGGUAUGAAUAUAGAUUUAUAAACCAUGUGUUUUUUUAGUAGGGUUAAAGAAUUGUAAUUAAUCCUGUGAGGACUUUUUUAAACUAUGAGAUGAGCAGAGUUUGAAAAGCACACAGCAUUUUGUGUCUUAAUUAUUCAGUUGGAAUUUUGCCAACCAAUGUGAGUGGCGCACAAGUAGCUUGAGCACAACUCAGGCACGGAUUCGGGGAUCGAGUUGGGAAGGGGUUUCCCUAUCGGACCAAAAACAAGGAAAAUAGAAUAAAUGAAUGAAAUAACAAUUGUAGAAAUAAUAACAUAAAGAUGGCAUCCUGGAACGGUUUAUUGUUCAUCAAUAAGAUUACAACGUAAUGUCUUUGAGUCAACCCGUCCUGGACAAUCGGGCAUAAAAAAUCUGACGGGUGUGUAUACACCCCACCCCCCUCGUGGCUCCACCCCUGAAACCACUCACGAAUGAAUCUGUAAAUAAUUCUGAUGUCAUUUGAUCUCACAAACAAAUUGCCUUUACUUUUUUGGUUUCUUUCGAUGCUGAUGGAUAGACUGGAGAGUUGUUUUUAUAUUUCUACAGUUGUUUAUGAAAGGUCUACCAUUUGUUCAUUAUCUAAAUUUCAGCUCCUAAGUAAUAAAAAAUCUCAUGUGUGCAAUGCAUCAAACUUGAUCUUGGAAUUUUUACUGUAUGGCAAAUUUGUAUGCCUGGAAAGGAUGCGUUAGGUUGUUUUUACUACUUGGAAUACGGGAGAUUUACAGUUGUGCCUCACCAAUUAGUUUACAUUGCGUUGGCCAAUCACAAUGCGCGAAAUCUGUCGACCCAAUGCGUGUUUGGAAAGGGUCGAUAGAUUUUACAAGCUGGCCAACGCGUUGCAAACUCUUGGAGGCUCUUUAUUGUGAAUCGCUCGUAAUACACCUUUAGUUUCGAGUAACCUUAUUUUCAAUAUUUGUUUGCUAUUUUAAACAGUAUUUUGGAAUCCUUGUAUGGUUAAAAGCCAGCGAGCAAUCUUUUCUGAGAAACGUUUUCAGAGAGCAAAUAUGGUGUCCAAAAUUUGAACAGGGUCGUCUCCGAUUUACAUUUACGGCUCAGCAACAGCACCCUCACGUAUUCGGAUAAGCUUUUUUUGAUGUUUAAAAAGUGUAUAAAUUAUUACAGUACACUUCACUCCAAUUUUUUUUUUUUUCGUGCAUUGAAGAUGAAUGUGAAGGUGUGACAAAAAGGAGUCUAAGAAAAAUUCAUGGCAGGGAACCUUUAACAAAAUUAAGAACAUUUCAAUGUUGGUCUUAGCAAGUUGUAACUUGUAUUCGGUAUGCCUCGAAAAACUUUCAAUGCGAUUCUCGUCAGUGUGUAACUAUCCAAUGAUCUGCUUAUGUAAUUAAUGCCUUAUUAAUGUCAAACAGUUUGAGUUUUAUAAAUCAGAAUUUUUUUGAAAUAAAGAACGAUUUAUUGAUACAGUGA